UAAAAUUUUUGAUUGACUUGAGUUUUGUGUUAUCUACACAUUAUUUAAUCAGAUCACGUAACAGGUUAUAGCCGCCACCGGAACGUUUGCCGGCCAAAAUAGUUUUGCGAAAAAUAAACUUCUGUUCGUGAAUUAUUUUAUUAAGUGAGUAAUUUAGUCUAGAAUUGCUUAUAAAAGCUACAAUGGACAAGUUAGAGCUAGUAUCAUGUAACAAAGUGUUUGGAGGUCUCCAGAAGGUCUACUCCCAUUCAUCCUCAGAACUAAAAUGUAAAAUGAAUUUUUCUAUAUAUCUCCCACCUCAGGCUGAAGGUGGAGAUGUAAAACUACCUCUCGUUUACUACCUCUCAGGUCUUACAUGCAAUGAACAAAACUUUAUCACCAAAUCAGGCUUCCAAAGGUAUGCAGCAGAACAAGGUGUUAUUGUGGUCGGGCCAGAUACUUCUCCAAGGGGAGUUAAGGUACCCGGGGAUGAUGAGUCUUGGGACUUUGGAGUAUCUGCUGGGUUUUACCUCGAUGCAGUUAAUGAACCUUGGGCUGAAAACUAUAGAAUGGGAAGCUAUUUAAACAAGGAGUUGUAUGAAUUGAUAUUACAGGCCUUUUCCAAUGUUGUAGAUCCUGAAAGGAUCGGUAUUAUGGGACAUAGUAUGGGAGGCCAUGGAGCACUGGUUUCUGCCCUGAGAAACCCUGGUUUAUACAAGUCAGUUAGUGCAUUUGCUCCUAUUUGUAAUCCAUCUGCUUGUCCUUGGGGCGUAAAGGCAUUCACUGGCUACUUAGGCGAGGAUAAGAGUCUAUGGGCUGAAUGGGAUGCAACUGAGCUGGUGAAGAAAUAUGAUGCUCCUCCUUUGACUUUACUGAUUGAUCAGGGCUCUAGUGAUAAAUUCUACAUUGAGAAACAAUUACUGCCAGAAAAUCUCGUAGAAGCUUGUCGUUCAUCAGGUGUUCCGGUUAUUCUUAACUUACGUGACGGUUAUGAUCAUUCCUAUUUCUACAUUUCCACUUAUAUUGGAGAGCAUCUGGCAUUCCACUCAAAAAUACUCAAAGCCUAAAUGUACAGAGAAAACCAAUUAACAAUAUUUUAUAUACACAGAAGCAAAUAUAAUUUGUGAAUGUGAAAAGAUUCUGCUGUGAGUGUAUAAUAAGUUUUAAAUCCUCCAUACAAACUAGUUGUACCGUCUGUAAAAACAAUCUUGAAUUUUACUUGUUACUGAAUAAAGUGCAUUUAUAAUUUU